AUGAAUGGCUGGCUCCUUUUGCUCUGUCUCUCUUUAUUGAGUCAUUUGUGUACAGGAAGGUACACUCUCCUGGUGAAAGCUGUACAGUACCACAACCCGGACAACCAGGACUGGAACGAUGGCUGCUGUGAUUGGCCUUGCAGUAAUAAUUGUGACCUUUAUUUUAAAUUCUGCAUUAGAAACAAGGGCCUGAGUGCCUCUAAUAUAAACAACUGCUGGGACUCGGUUCAAACUUAUGGGGACGUCUCGACUAACAAUUAUUAUUUUCCUAACUAUGGCGAGCUGUAUCCAGGAGCAAGGAUCUGGAAUGACCUUACAUUCAAUAGGAAUGAGCCAUGGCCUGGCUCAGUUCAAGUACUGGUAGAAUCCUUAGAUGCUGAUGACAAUGCAGACGAUUUGAUUGAUAGGAAUGCAUUUAAUCUUGAUCUGAGCCCAAAUGGACAGUGGAGCAAUGAACUGUAUGCAAAUGGAUACUACGACAGAGCUCAGUUUAGGAUAAGAGUGAGGCUGUUUUGUCAGCAGAACUAUUAUGGUAGCGAUUGCAAUGUCUACUGUGUGCAGCGAAAUGAUGAUACUAAUGGUCACUAUACUUGUGGAUCAGAUGGAGCUAAAAUAUGCAACAAUGGUUAUACUAAUCCAUCUGGAAACUGUUUAACACCUAUUUGCUCAAGUGGCUGUAGUUCCCAAAAUGGCUAUUGCAACGUUCCAGGAGAGUGCCUUUGCAACACUGGUUGGACUGGAACUAACUGUAACGAGUGCAUACCGAAAUCGGGAUGCUCUACAUCACACGGUUACUGCAAUGUAGCAAAUGAGUGCUUGUGCGAGACCGGGUAUGGUGGAUCACUGUGUACGGAGGAUCAUGACGUGUGUGGACAUGAAGCCCCAUGUCUGCGAGGUGGGACAUGUACCAAUAUCAUUCCCGAUGGGUUCCGCUGCUCAUGUCCUCCCGGCUAUAAUGGAAGUAGAUGCGAAACUGAAGUCAAUGAGUGCGAUCCAAGGCCCUGUCAAAAUGGAGGGACAUGCUUUGACAGAAUCAAUGACUAUUACUGUGAAUGUGUUGCUGGAUGGACAGGAACUCAAUGCCAAACGAAUAUUGAUGACUGUCAAUCCUCGCCUUGCCUGAACAAUGGAACAUGUGGAGAUCUGGUCAAUGGCUACCAGUGCUCCUGCGUCACUGGGUUUAUUGGUCCUAACUGUGAAGGUCAUCACUGUCACUCUACACCAUGCAGUAACAAUGGGACGUGUGUCCAAGUCACAUCGAAUGAUAUCGGAUACACAUGCGUCUGUCAACCAGGCUACACAGGAGUGAAUUGUACUAAAGAGAUUGAUGAGUGCUCAUCUGCUCCCUGCUACAACAACGCUACUUGCAUUGAUGCCCUAGCUGACUACAGCUGCUCUUGUCUCCCAGGCUUUACUGGGAAAGACUGUCAGGUUAAUAUAGACGAGUGUGUGAGAGCACAAUGUAGUGUACAUAGUAUCUGUAUGGAUGAAGUGAAUGAAUAUCAGUGCAUAUGUGACAUUGGUUACACUGGACGCUACUGUGAUACAAAGAUUGACUACUGCUCUCCUCCACCAUGUCUCAAUAAUGGCACCUGCAGCAGUUAUCCUGGAUACUACACCUGCAACUGUCAGGAAGGAUUCAACGGAACCGAGUGUGACAACAAUAUUGAUGAUUGUGUAUCGGACCCCUGUCUAAAUGGAGGAACAUGCAAUGACAUUAUCAGAGGUUUUACCUGCACGUGUCCUAUUGGUUGGACUGGUCUAGUUUGCAGUACAGUUGUAUCUGCCUGUGAUCCUAAUCCCUGCCCAACAGAUUACAUCUGUGUUGAUAACACCUCUGCCACUUAUGGAUAUAAUUACUACUGCGAGCAUUGCUCAGAAUACGACAGCUGCACUUUUUAUGGUGCCCCCAGUCCAUCGCCUAAUCCUAAUUCCGGUGCUGUCACUGGUAAUAGCAAUGGUGGAGUGGGUAUGUUAGUAGGAGUGUCUGUUGGUGGAGCUUUGCUGUCUUGCUGCUUUGCUAUGAUAAUCGUUGGCUGCUGCUGUUAUUUGUGUAGAAAAAAGACUCAAAUGAAGAAAUUUGAAAUACCAAUUGAGGGAUCGCAUUUCUCGGAUAAUCCAACAUACAUACCACCGGAACUACUGCAAUCAACAACACUUGAUCGCUCAGCCAGUCCGCAGUAUGGUACAUCAGCACAGAAACUGUACGGAAAGGGAAAGAAAGGACGACCACUGAGCCCACAAAAAGAUGGCUAUGAACUAUUGGACCAGUCGGGAGACACCACAAGCUCAUUAAGAUCUACAGUGCGCUCUGGAAGUCUGCUACUAACAGGAGUAUAUGAUAAACUAAAGCAUGAUAAUAUAUACACUGAGACUGAUGGGCCCAAUAACACUGGUAAGGGAGACUUUGAUGAAGAAUCAUUCCCUCCACUAAAAGGAACGGAUACAAUCAGCCCGUAUGACAGAUUACCCUUUCAAGAGCCAACUACUCCUGCUUAUGAUAGUAUAGGUACAUCAGAUGAUCAAGGAGCUAAUCAUUAUGAAAGAAUAUCUUCAUCACCGAUUUGCACAAGUCCCAGUCUCAACACUCCCUAUCAAGAUGCAAGUAUCUAUGCAACAAUACCAGCCAAUGAAAACAAUUACGAGCCACUCCCUGGUAGCAAUGAUAACAAUAAAUAA